UGUCAGUUGCUUUCACUGGAGAGCUGCGGCUGGCAAAAAAGAUCACAGGAACAAUCGAAGAAAAAAGUUAUCGUUUCUUGUUCGAGUAAAAAUUCAGUGGUUCAAAGUUUAGUGGUUUUCUGCGUGAAAACUACUGCGGGUCGUCGUAAGAUGAGUGAUUUUUUCAAGUCAGCAAUAAAUUACUUCAACGCUGGCCCAGCUGGCUGUGGUCAGGAAUAUGAUUUUGUUGGUCAAACAGUGGAGAUUGCCAAUGUCAAGCUGCGGAUCAAACGUGUAAUCGCUGAAGGUGGUUUUGCGUACGUUUAUGUCGCACAGGAUGUUCAGACUAACAGCGAAUAUGCUCUGAAACGUCUGCUGGGAGCCGACAAGGAGGAAUGCAACAACAUUAUCCGCGAAAUAAACACACUGAAGCAAGUGUCUGGCCAUCCUAACAUCAUAAAAUUCAUAGCGGCAACUUUUAUCGAUCGUACCCAGAAUUCCUCUGCGAAGCGCGCCGAAUAUUUGUUAGUGACAGAACUGUGUAAAGGAGGUUCACUGUAUGAUUGUCUUGAGAAGGAUCUUGCACCGGAAGCUGUUUUACGAGUAUUCUAUCAAGCUUGCAGGGCAGUUGCUCAUUUACACACCCAAGCGGUUCCGAUAAAUCAUCGGGAUAUUAAGAUUGAGAAUUUCCUUAUCGGAUGUGACGGUCAACUUAAAUUGUGUGAUUUCGGAUCAGCAUCGACUGACACCUAUUCACCGGAUGUGAACUGGAAUGCCCAUCAGAGAGAUAUGCUCGAAGAUCUCCUUGGCCGCUGUACAACUCCAAUGUAUCGAGCUCCAGAACAACUGGACACAUGGGCCAAUCAUCCUAUCGGUAUUAAAACAGAUAUCUGGGCAUUGGGAUGCAUACUUUUUUGUCUGUGCUAUCGAAAGCAUCCGUUCGAAGAUUCUGCUAAACUGCGUAUUAUCAACGCAAACUUUACCAUACCAAAUGAUUCUCGGUAUGCGUGCUUCAGUGAGAUUAUCAAAGGUUGCCUUCAAGUCGACCCGCUUAAGCGUUUUGACAUUUCAAUGGUUUUGGAUAGAUUGGCUGCAAUAUCGGAAACGAAAGGAUGGUCAUUAAAGGCUCCGCUUGGACUGCACGGAAAACCACUUAAUACACCACCAAGUGGCGUUUCACCUAAUCCUAGUCCAAUGCAUCUACCAGCAGAUAUUAUUCCAGCAUCAGGGAACCAUGCCCCUCCUCAAAGACCUGCUCCUCCUCGACCAGCUCCGGCAGUGCACAUGGCUGGGCCUCCCGAAGAACGAAAAAAUGCGCAGCGCCCUCCAGAUCCCGUGCGACCUCCUCCUCCAGUGAUUGCACCGGCGGUUCAUCAUCAUCCUCAUCAGCCGCCAUCGGUUGGAGCCUAUGUUGGUGCAGCAGGCACUGGUGGAGGUGGGCUUCUUUCAUCGAUAAAAGGUGGAGCAGGAAGUUUUUUUAAAAACCUGAAAGAUACAUCUUCGAAGGUAAUGCAAACGGUUCAACAGAGCAUUGCCCGCACUGAUUUGGAUAUUAGUUGCAUUACGCAGAGGAUUUUGGUAAUGCCUUGUCCUUCGGAAGGACUGGAAUCGACCUAUCGAACCAAUCACAUCGAAGAUGUGAAGAUAUACCUGGAAAGCCGGUAUCUUCCGACCAAAAUCAGCAUCUACAACCUUGGCCCACGCAAUUGUCCAAGGCUGCCGCCACCAGUUCGCACCGUAGAGGGUAGUUUUAUUUAUUCACCUGUUCCAGUAUCAUAUAAAGCACCAACUUUGGUUGGUUUGUAUUCCUUAGCCGAAGAUAUGUACGGCUUUUUGAACGCAGACCCUAAAACGGUGAUUGUUGUCCAGAGCCCUGACUCUGGAAAAGCUUUAGCGGCUACCAUGGUUUGUGCUCUGCUGAUUUAUAGCCAGUUGGUAACAGAGCCGGAGGAUGCUAUGCAGAUAUUUGCGGUCAAACGAACUCCGCCUGGCAUGCGAGCAUCUGAAUUGCGGUAUCUCUAUUAUAUGGGUGAUUUAGUUCGAUCGGUACCGCAUUUACCCCACUACAAUCCAGUAACAUUAGUAUCCGUUACGGCUAGCCCCGUACCUAGAAUGACAAAAGCUCGCGACGGUUGUAGAGUCUACGUGGAAGUGGCUUCGGGUGAUCGAGUUGUCUUUAGUACUUUACAAGAUUAUGAUCGCAUGCGACUGUAUAGCGCUGCGGAAGGCAAAAUAUCUAUCGCACUCAAUGUAACAGUGUGUGGCGAUGUUACAGUUACUCUAUACCACGCUCGUAAUGCUCUCGGUGGCAUGGGUCGUCCACAAGGAUUAAAAAUUUGUCAAUUCCAGCUGAAUACCGGUUUCAUACCGGAGGAGGAAACAUUAAUCAACUUCAGCAAAUCCGAAUUAGACGACGUUCCUGAUUUGGAACACGUUCCACAUGGCUUCAAUGUAGCGCUGUCGGUAUUCGUGGGGGACUCGGAACGUCCUCCUUCAAGCCAACCUCCUUGGACAACGGCAAAACUGCCUAGGGAUCCAAAAAUUUUGUUUGCUUCCCAAUUAGAAUAUGAAGAGAAUGUUGACAACUUUAUUUCAAAACCGACAUCCAAAUCGGCAACAGCGCCGCAUAGACCUCCUCCCCGUCCGGCUCCUCCAUCACCGCAACCAUCUAGAGCAAACCAAGCACCAUCAGCAACAAAUGAACAGCCACCAUCUACUGUUCCUGGCGAUUCAGAUCUUUUGAAUAUUAGCACUGCUAAUCAAGAACAACCUGAAAAACUGAACCAUGAGGAACAACAGAGUGCUAAUUUUGAUUUACUUGGUGGUUUCGCCCCCCCAGUUGCAGACGUAAGUGAAUCAGAUGGUGACAAUAAACCUCCACCUGCUGCCCUGGAUGAUAUUUUCGGAGAUAUCGCCAAUGAUGGAACUGCUGCUGGGCCGAUACCAUUGCAAUCCACCAAAUCGAGCACCGACCUGAACGGACUAAAUCUUAAUUUUGAAAAUUUUGGAGGGGUCGCCAAGCCGGCAGUUUCCAACGAAACGGCUUCUAAUGGAGUAAUCAACAAUCAGUUCAACAAUAGCUUCGGAUUCGAUCCUUUUGCUGGAAUUAGUGCCAGCGCCUUUCACAGCAGUCAUCAACCGCAACAGCCACAGCAGGCUCAAACAACAAAUAAAGAUCCAUUUGCUGACAUAGGCAAUUUAGGAUCUAACCUAGGAGCCACCGGUUGGGGUAAAUCUGGUGCUCCACCAACUACAACUCCCAGUCCACGCUCAACACAGUUCUCCAGCCCGACCCAUCAAUAUAGCGGAGCUAGCACAGCCAAUCCUUCGCCAAGAGCACCGUCAACUCCUAUCCAUCAGAUGCGUAGCCCAAGCGAAACACAGCGCCCUGACUACAGCCGAUCACAUUUCGAGCCGUCGAAGCAAUCGGCCGCCGGCACCAAUGGUGCCAACGGGCAACAAAAGGAAAAAUCCGGCGAUAUUUUUGGUGACAUUCUUGGCUCACAGGGUUAUUCGUUCGGAAGUGGAAAAAAUCAGGGACCGCGUACUAUCAACGACAUGCGAAAAGAAGAAUUGGUCAAGGAAAUGGAUCCGGAACGAGUAAAACUGAUGGAAUGGACUGAAGGAAAGAAAAAUAACAUCCGAGCGUUACUCUGUACGGUACACACUGUACUGUGGCCCGGUGCUAAGUGGACGAAGUGCGAUAUGCACCAAUUGGUUAGUGCCGCUGAUGUGAAGAAAAUCUACCGAAAGGCUUGUCUAGCGGUACAUCCGGACAAACACACGGGCACUGAAAACGAGAGCAUGGCGAAACUAAUUUUUAUGGAACUGAACAACGCUUGGAGUGAAUUUGAAAACGACGCCACGCAGCAGAAUUUAUUCGCCCAAUAAGUGAUACUUUAUCGAGGACUUGUACUGUACUAUUUAUUCCUUAAGCCUUAGUGUGCUUGACUUACCGCCGGCGCACACACAUAUGCAAAUCAUCACCGCGGCACCGAUUUCAUUAGAUCCAAACUGACAACAGUAAGUACCAAAACUGUUAGCGUUUUGCCAGUUCGACUGUAUGACGAACAACACAUUUUCCGCAUUGUUCACAAAAUUCUCACACUGUUAUCGCUUCUGAAUAGUUGAUAAUCUUUUAAGUAGUUUUACGAAGCAUUACAUCGUAUAAUGCUACUCUUUAUGAUUUAUGUUCCAUGGAUGCUGCUGCAACAUAUAAGAAAACUGUAUGAGAUGUACCCGAAAGAUAAAAAACAUUAUCGGUGAAAAAUCUGUGAAACCAUCAAUUCAAUUAUCCAACAUUUUACAGAUCGUACACCUAUUGGAGUGUUAAAAGUUUUCAAAACGUGGCUUGUUACACUUGUGAUGCAAUGGUUCAAAUCAAAUCGGAUUUUAUCAUCAUAGCUCCUAUCGUAUUGACAUUUACAUGGUUUUGCAUUUUUAUUUUCUCAGAUUCGUUUUUUAACAGACAUUAGAAGCUCGUUAUUUAAUGAUGAUUUACUGAUUAUUUAAUCAUACAAAGAAACAUGAAUUUCAUUGCAUCCACAAGUUUCGUAACAAGCAAAUACAGCAAAAUAUAUCUUUAUUUUGAUAAUGUUCUACUCAACUCUAAUCAACGCUAUAAUAAUGUUGAGAUUACCUAACAAGUAUGAACUAGCAACUAUAGCAACCGAAUAAUAGGUAUUCUCGAUGUUUUGCAACAAUAUUGAUAGAGCAGUGGCUUUAGAAUAUAACAUCGAGAGGCAUAACAUUGAAGACCAUUUAGAUUAAACUUUUUUUACUGAAUUAAACCUUCAGUUUUUUAAAAAUGCCAUUCGAGUGUGGGUGUUAUAUAUUUAUAUAUAACUCUGAUAUAUAGCACUGAUUCCUUUGUCUUUCGAUAGACUUGCAAACAUCCGAUGUAACGAUUGAAACUGAUACCUACGUUCUACAAGUCCAAAAAAAGCCAGUGUAAAAAUGCAAAUUACUACAUUAAUAAACCGUUGUUGAUUGUAAAUGUAACAAUUUAAGAAAUAGGGUAGCAAAUGCAAACGAGCAAAUAAGUUAUUGUUCAGCCCUCGGUUGAAGGAAUCAAACACGAAAAGCAAAGCGAUACGAACUGUGAUUGAAAAUGAGUUUGAAUUGGCCGAAUGACGUGCAGAGAGCGAGUGGUGUGAAGACAACAAUAAAUAGGAGACGAAUUUAUUUCUGACUGCGUUAAACUGCUCUUCAGUGCGUGAUUAUAACUUUACGUAACAACUAUAAACUUACUUUUCGUGUGUAUAUUUUUGUCGUAUAUUUUAGGACGUUAAGCAUAGCAGGAUUUAAUAACAACAACGACUGCAAUACUAUAUUUUUUACUCAGUUCGUUAACUUAAUUGCGUCUAGGUGAGCAUUCCUGAGCAUUCAGUUGAACGCCACAAUGGAAUAUCCUGCGGGUUUAUUCUUUGGCGUUCGACUAUGCGUUUUACUUCUCUAAAUCCUUAUAUAUAAACCUUAAUAAACCGUGUUGAUUUACCGAUGGGGAUGUAUGAAGCGAGAAACGAGAGUAGUAUUGGAAUUUGUUUAAUGAUUUAUGUCUUCACGAUAAAUUUGAUUCGAAUGUGAAUAUGUUGAAACUAGAGACACCGUAUUUAAUAAGGAUAAUAGUUAAUAUAUUGCUCCUAUUGAUGAAUCGUACAGUUAAAGCAGGUA